AUGUCGGGCAAGUACGCAUUUACAAAGGCCCUCAAGGAGGUGCGCUUCCUCUUCUGCCAGACGGGCGAACACAGCGCCGCGACCCGCUCCUUCGUCGCCAGAGCCUACCCCACGAUGAAGAAGAACAACCCCCAGACCCCCAUCCUCCUGCGCGAGGCCGCCGGCACGCUACCCAAGGUCUACGCGAGAUACGAGUUCGGUGUUGAGAAGAGCCAAUCGCUCGAGGGCCUGUCGGACAAGCAGAUCGAGGACACAGUCACCACCUUGGUCAAGAACGGCGCAUGA